CCUAUUAAAACCCUUAAACCCUUAAAGAGAAAACCCUCAUAAAUCAGCCCUAGAAACCAGCCUCCAGCAGAUCUAGUGUUUGCUUCAAUCAGCAAAUCUCUCUAAUGGCGACCGCCAUGUUGCUCAGAUCGUUCAGGCGCCGGGAUCUUUCCUCCGCUUCUAUAUCGGCUUAUAAACACGUGGCAGGAAAUGGUGCAUCACGUGUGGCAAACAAAUGGGCUAAUUUAGCCAGACCUUUUAGUUCAAAGCCUGUGGGAGAUGAUGUUAUUGGAAUUGAUUUGGGUACAACCAACUCGUGUGUUUCAGUCAUGGAAGGAAAGAAUCCAAAAGUAAUUGAAAAUGCGGAGGGUUCUCGAACCACUCCUUCGGUGGUUGCCUUUUCUCAAAAGGGAGAGCUUCUUGUUGGUACUCCUGCCAAACGACAAGCAGUGACCAACCCUACCAAUACUGUCUUUGGAACCAAGCGUCUAAUCGGUAGAAAGUUUGAUGAUGCUCAGACACAGAAAGAAAUGAAAAUGGUGCCUUACAAGAUAACCCGUGGACCUAAUGGGGAUGCUUGGGUUGAAGCCAAUGGGCAACAGUAUUCUCCAAGUCAAGUUGGGGCUUUUAUACUAACUAAGAUGAAAGAAACUGCCGAGUCUUACCUUGGUAAAACAGUUACAAAAGCUGUUGUUACUGUCCCAGCCUAUUUCAAUGAUGCCCAGAGGCAAGCCACAAAGGAUGCAGGUAAAAUUGCAGGUCUUGAUGUGCAGAGAAUCAUUAAUGAGCCUACAGCUGCUGCUCUUUCCUAUGGAAUGAACAACAAAGAGGGUCUCAUUGCUGUAUUUGAUCUUGGAGGAGGGACUUUCGAUGUCUCCAUUUUGGAGAUAUCCAAUGGUGUUUUUGAGGUCAAAGCAACAAAUGGUGAUACAUUCUUGGGAGGUGAAGAUUUUGACAAUGCUCUUUUGGAAUUCCUUGUGAGCGAAUUUAAAAGGACAGAAGCAAUUGAUCUGACAAAAGACAAGCUUGCACUACAACGGCUAAGAGAAGCUGCCGAGAAAGCUAAAAUUGAGCUAUCAUCAACUGCUCAAACCGAGAUCAAUCUACCAUUCAUAACUGCUGAUGCUUCCGGCGCUAAGCAUUUAAACAUUACAUUGACUAGAUCAAAGUUCGAGAGCUUGGUGAACAAUUUAAUUGAAAGGACCAAGAACCCAUGCUUAAGCUGUCUGAAGGAUGCAGGCAUUUCUAUCAAGGAAGUUGACGAGGUUUUGCUAGUGGGAGGAAUGACCCGUGUUCCUAAAGUGCAAGAAGUGGUGGCUGCUUUGUUUGGAAAGGCUCCCAGCAAAGGAGUUAAUCCCGAUGAAGCAGUUGCAAUGGGGGCUGCCCUUCAAGGAGGUAUUCUUAGAGGAGACGUGAAGGAGCUUCUUCUUCUUGACGUUACUCCACUCUCACUUGGUAUUGAGACUCUGGGUGGUGUAUUCACCAGGCUGAUCAAUCGCAAUACAACCAUUCCAACCAAGAAAAGCCAGGUAUUUUCUACAGCUGCCGAUAACCAAACUCAGGUAGGCAUAAAGGUACUACAAGGUGAACGUGAAAUAGCAGCCGACAACAAAAUGAUGGGAGAAUUUGAGCUCGUGGGUAUUCCACCAUCUCCAAGAGGCAUGCCUCAAAUUGAAGUAACAUUCGAUAUCGAUGCAAAUGGAAUCGUAACAGUCUCUGCCAAAGACAAAACAACCGGAAAAGAACAACAAAUCACAAUCCGUUCUUCAGGAGGACUAUCGGACGACGAGAUUGAAAAGAUGGUUAGAGAAGCAGAAAUGCACGCUCAGAAAGACAAGGAAAGGAAAACACUCAUCGAUUUGAGAAACAGCGCCGACACAACAAUCUAUAGUAUCGAGAAGAGUUUGAAUGAGUACAAGGAUAAGAUUCCCGCGGAAGUAGUGACUGAGAUUGAGUCCUCCAUUUCGGAUUUGAGGAAUGCAAUGGGAAAUGAAGAUGUUGAGGAAAUAAGGGCUAAGUUGGAUGUUGCUAAUAAAGCUGUUUCGAAGAUUGGAGAGCAUAUGACUGGAAAAUCUGGUGGUGGUGAUUCGUCUAGUGGUGGCGGUGGUGCUGCUGGAGGUGAGCAGGCUCCGGAGGCGGAAUAUGAAGAGGUGAAGAAGUAAGGUUUUGUUUAAUGAGAAUUUUAGUUACUACGGAUUUUUUGUCGGGUAUAUUAAACUUGUGUUGGUGAAUGUUAGCUUUUUAGGUAAUUUAUUGUCAAAUGCUCUUAAUAUUGAGAUUUUAGCAGAAGAGAUUUACCUGCUGAUGUGCGACUUAAUUUUCCUACCUGUUUGGACUAAAAUAAUAAACAAACACAUGUGAUGUUCUUUCUUAUAACUUCUAAUGUGAUUCUUUAUGAUAAAUGGUGUUGCUUA